AUGGACAUUUCUCGGCUUAUUGAGUCUAUUGACUCGGUUAUUUCUUCUGGCAACCUCGAAGCUGUGGACCCGCAGCAGCGAGCCCAACUUUUUCAAGCUUGCGAUCGAUUGAAGAGUCAAUGUGAAUCACCUCUGGACAAGACACUCAGGCUUCUUUAUACUUGCCACCAAGCCAUCACAGUUCGUCUCGCUGUAGAUCUUAAGCUCUUCGAUGCAAUCGCCAAGCGUACCUCUGAAAGCGAAGAUGGCAAAGUGCGCGUGGGCCAGCUUUCUGAAGAUGUCAAAGCAGAUCCAAAGCUAGUUGGAAGAAUCAUGAGGUCACUUGUACCAUUGGAUAUUCUCAAGCAAGAUACCUCUGAUACCUUCUCAUCCACGCCAUUUGCAGCAGCCUAUGUUUCGACGUCUUGGAUGUCUGCAGCAGUGAUAUUUUUCACUCACCUAUUCCUUUUUGUUGCCCAGCUUCCCGAGUAUUUCAAGCAGAAAGGAUGGAAAAAUCCAGAUGAUAUUGACGACUCACCAUUCAAUUUCGCACUCGGGUCCAAGCGUGGAUAUUUUGUUUACAUGGCGUCGAAUUCAUAUUACCAGGACGCCUUCGACACAGUCAUGGCCUCACCCUAUCGUCGCGACGAGAAGAGUUGGCUGGAUUUCUUCCCAGUUGAGGAGAAGCUACAGGUGCAGAACCCUGCCGAGGUUCUUCUCGUGGAUGUCGGAGGCGGUCGCGGUAAAGAUCUCCAGGCCUUCCGCGAGAGGUUCCCUGGCUUGCAGGGAAGGCUUGUUCUCCAGGAUUUAUCGCAUGUGACUGAGACCGCGGAUAUUCCCUGUGAAGUCGAGAUCCAAGUUCAUAAUUUCUUUGAUGAGCAGCCUGUCAAAAACGCAAAGGCCUACUACCUCCGCACUGUGCUCCACGACUGGCCGGACAAGCAGGCCGUGGAAAUCCUAUCGAGGAUUCGUGAAGCAAUGGGUCCGGAUUCUUUGGUCUUGAUUCAUGAGAAGGCUAUGCCGGAGACUAAUAUUCCAUGGAUGGCUGCGAUUGGUGAUAUGACUAUGAUGACUGCUUUCUCGGCGGCGGAACGAACCAAGAAUGAGUGGGAGACUCUGCUGAACAAGGCUGGGCUGAAGCUCACUGGGUUUUGGAAACCCGAGGGGGCUUCUGCACAGCAACAAGUUAUUAUAGAGGGUGCAGUCCAUUCGUGUGAACAUUGUUAG